AUGCUCGUAUCUUUUAUUUUCUAUUUUUGGUUUACCGAAUGGCAUAAAGUGCCCCCACAACAACGACGAGAAGAAGAGUUGGAGCACCAAAAGGAAAUUGAUCAAUUGGUCCAGAAUUUGAAGGAACAGAUCAAAUGUACUUUCAAGAUUCCUCUUGGUGGCCUCGUCGUACUUUUGUGGAAAGCCACCCACAGUCCCGAUUUACCUGUAUCCCGAGAACAUCGUAAAGUGCUUGCUCACAAGUUCUACCAUCUAUUUUCCGUUCUAUUCCUCGUCGCUGUUUUCGUAGCGCUCUUUACACUCAUCGGUGCCGACGUAUCGCCUGUCUCUGAUAAUACGUCAAAUAUCUUGCAAGCCGCUCUUUUCGUCUUCGUACUAUGUAUCAAUCUUUUUCUCAUUACCCGGCAACGAUUCUAUUAUAAAGAUCGGAAAGAUCUUUUCGGUCACGACGACGCCCACUUGAAAGCAGUUUACAAGACGCGAUUUACAGACUGGGAUUCUAAGAUGUGGUCAAACUGGAUUCAAAUCAUCAUUCUUAUCAUCGAGUUCUUUCAGCUUCUUACAUUUCCUCUUCGGGAUCUUAUGACGGUCACUUCCUUUGAUUCCUACCGAACCGAGAAUCAAACCCAAUUCACCCACUUACUUACGCUUAUUAUGAAUGCCGGAGGACUGAUGCCCGAUAUGCGAACACCGACAUGGUACACUUAUUCUGUCUGGACGGCCUUCGCCACCACCAUGGUGAGCCUAGUGGUUGCUGUGAUUGUGCAUACGGUGAAUGUCCGUCGUCCGUAUAAAAUACCCAAUCGCUGGGUAAGAUGGUGUAUUCCAGUGGCGAGUUUACUCUACAUUCCGAUAUUGACAACGUUUGUGAGUUCUGCAGCCUGCCAGUCGCUGAAUAUCAGUACAAACGAUUACGCUUCAACGCUUCGAUGCUACGCACCUCAAAUCAGUCACAAGUUAUACCUAUGGUUGUCCUUGGUGGGCUACGUGAUCGCCUAUUGUCUGCUUACCUUGUUUCUGACAAGCUAUGAGCGGAUCCCAAGGUACAAUGAAAUCGCUUUCAAAUCUAUUAGUGUAGCUAUCAUCAAAAAUAUGGGUAAGUUAAUGUGCAUUGCAAAAAUAAUGGAUACAUGA